ACAUCAGUGUUAUUUACUCAAGUUCUAUUUGUUUAUCCGCGUGUGACUUUUAUUUCUUAAAAAAAUUAGAUAACGCACUGAUAAAUUUAUCGUUCAUGUUUUGAACUGGCUAAUAAUUUAAUCUUAGUUACAAUUUCCUGUGACCUUCGCAACUAAUCAGACACUAAUUGAAGUAAACUAAACCGGCUCAAGCGUCGUAUCAGUGUUUAUGUGGUGUCGGACUGCUCUGUUUGGGAAACAAUUAGCAACACAAAAUGGCACUAUUAACUGAUACUUGGGCUUUAGACGCACUAACUAUUGGUGCAACUUUAAUUACCAUAUUCAUAGUUUGGGUAAAAUGGUCACACUCUUACUGGUCUCGCAAAGGACUGUUCUCCACCACUCCUACUUUUUUCUUCGGUAAUUUCAAGAAUGUGUUUCUACAAAAAGAAUCUUUUGGAGAUUUUACUGAACACUUGUAUGAAUACUUCAAAAGUCAUUCUAAGCCUCAUGGUGGUUGCUAUAUGUUACACAUGCCAACUUACGUACCGAUAGACCCAGAUAUUAUCAAACACAUCAUGCAGAACGACUUUGAACACUUCGUCGAUCGAGGAGUUUACUUCAACGAAGACGACCCACUAAGUGCUCAUUUAUUUUCUCUAGAAGGCACCAAAUGGAAAAAUUUAAGAGUCAAACUUACACCAACUUUUACCUCCGGAAAAAUGAGGAUGAUGUUUGACAUUUUGGUGGCAUGCAGUGGUCAGUUGACCCAAGAGAUGGACAAAAAUGUAGGAAAAGCUCCCAUUGAUAUCAAAAAUAUGCUCGAGAGGUUCACCAUGGAUAUUAUUGGAAGCUGUGCUUUUGGAAUAGACUGCAAUUCGUUGAAGAAUCCUGACAAUGAAUACACCAAGUAUUUAAAAUUGUUCUUUGUCGAAGGAUUUUGGAGAAAUAUAUCCGGGAUAAUUACGUUUGUGUCACCUGAGAUCGCGCGUCUGUUAUCAUUGAAGGCAGUUAAUCCACGUUUGAGCGAGUUUUUUAUGAGGGUUAUCAAAGGGACUGUGCAAUAUCGAGAGAAAAACAAUGUUUCCAGGAAAGAUUUUAUGCACCUUUUGCUGCAGCUGAAAAAUAGGGGAAAACUUAGUGAUGACGGUAGCAUAACUGAACAACAAGAUGAUAAUAAGAAAGAUGUGAAACUGACGAUGGACGAACUAGCAGCUCAAGCCUUUGUCUUCUUUCUUGCUGGUUUUGAAACGUCUUCGACUACUAUGACUUUUUGUCUUUAUGAACUGUCGGUGAAUCCUGAUAUUCAAGAGAAGGUGAGACAAGAGGUGAAUGCGGUUCUUGAUAAACAUGAUAACAAAAUAACAUAUGAUGCCAUCAUGGAAAUGCAUUAUAUGGAACAAGUUAUCAAUGAAUCGCUAAGAAAAUAUCCACCACUUCCUGGUUUAAACCGCAUCUGUACUAAAGACUACAAAGUGCCCGGAACCGAUUUAGUUAUAGAAAAAGGUACUAAAGUGUGGAUUCCUGUAAUAGGUCUGCAGCGUGAUUCUGACCUCUAUCCAGAGCCAGAGAAAUUUAAUCCGGAGAGGUUUUCUGAGGAAAAUAAGAGACAAAGACACCCUUAUUCAUUUCUUCCAUUUGGGGAAGGACCAAGAAUUUGUAUAGGACUCCGGUUUGGAAUGAUGCAAACAAAAGUUGGUCUGACCGUUCUUUUGAAGAACUACAAGUUUUCUCUCAGUUCCAAAACAUCAGUUCCUCUAAAACUAGAUCCUAAAAGUUUUACAAUGACAACUAAAGGUGGAAUUUGGCUUGACUACAAUCGAAUCUGAAAUGUCUUGCAUUACAUAAUGAUAUACGAGUUAUAAUUGCAACAAUUAUUCUAUUAUAUGGUAAAAGUGCAUUCUCAUUGUUAUGUAAUUUUUGUAUUGUCAAGGAAUCAAUUAUUGUAGAUUAAGUUGUUUUCAUUAAUUGCUACAUUAAUAGUGUAUGCAUUGUGCAGUGAACAAAAACAUCCUCAAAUUGGCGUUGGUCGAAGAAACUGUCUUUCUCGUUGUCUGCUACGAAGCAAACAUUAUAUGAAUUAAGUACUGAUAUUUUUAAGUCUGUUAAAGAAUCUUAAUUAUUACAUUAACCCAAUUAAAGAAUUAGUGCUAAAGAA